UACCACCCACUCAGCACGCAAAUGAAGAACUCGGUCCCGACCGUUAGCAGCAUACGUGGAGCAAUGGAAUCAUCCAAGAGCGUCCAGCACACUGUGUCGUCACUUUCGGCCACUCCCAUUGGCGGUGAUAUGUUCUACGAAAGUGAAUCAAUGUACAAUUCUGUGAUGGAAUACAACAGCUACGAUCUGUACCGGAGUGUUCUCGAGAUCACACUGAACAUUUCAUUCCUCGCUGCAACCAGCAAUCAGCUGAGGCUGUUGGUUAGUUUUCGUGAGGCGCAAAAUUUCAUCGCCAGCACAGUGCUUGUUUUAAUUUCUCUGGUAACGCAAAUUUUAAUUGCCAUCAACGUGGUCACCAUUGCGGUGCACAACCAGCACCGUUGGACUAAGCUUAAGGCUGCAACUUCCGUAGGAUGCAUUCUGCUGACUGUAAUCAACAUAGUUAUUCCAUUUAUCAUCAAUGUGGAACAUUCCAGAGUGGACUAUUCGGAAAUAUAUCCACAUCAUAUGCAUUGAAAAACAAUUAAUUGUACCCAAAUAGCAUACAGGGUCACAUAAUUGAAUAAAUACUCGGAUAAUUGUUUGGAUUCUGAAUCAAAAAGAGACCAAUUUUUGAAAGAUUACUUUUAAUUACAGUACAAUUUAGUAUUUUUGAGAGUUUCCCCUAUCAAUAUAGUAAUAUAACAGUAUAU